UUCUCUAGAGCUACCGACUAACCAUGGAUGUAUUCAGGAGCCGGAUGUUGGGGAUUUCCGUGGCCGUUGCGCACGGCGUUUUCUCCGGCUCUCUGAACAUCUUGCUGAAGUUCCUCAUCACCAGUUAUCACUUCACCUACUUGACUCUCAUCCAGUUCCUGACCAGCAGCACCGCGGCGCUCACUCUGGAGACCCUCAGGCGGAUGGGGAAGGUCGAGAUCCCCCCGUUCAGUUUGCAGCUCUCCAAGGUAAAAACUGUUUGGUGCUCCAACUCAAAUAUAAAGCUGUAUGAAAGCAGUCAUGGAUCCAAAGGGCCACACCGACUCUUCCCUCCAGGUGCUGGUGAUCUUACUGGUGAUCCCUUUGGUUAUGUCACUGGUGUGCUGGCGGUGAUCAUCCACGCCUCCUACCUGGUCCUUAUACAGAAAACCAGUCUGGACAGUGAGUAUGGGCCGCUCACCGCACAGUACGCCAUCGCCAUCAUGGCCUCACCGGUGCUGCUGGUAUGUGCUUUCAUCUCCAUGGACGCCAUCAACAUGUGGUCGUAUGAGGGCUGGAAAGACCCCCACAUCACAGUCAUCUUCAUCCUCUGCACCUUCAUUGGCUGCGCCAUGAACUUCACCACGUUGCACUGCACCUACAUCAACUCUGCCGUCACCACCAGCUUCGUCGGUGUGGUCAAGAGCAUUGCCACCAUCACCGUCGGCAUGCUGGCGUUCAGUGAUGUCGCACCGACCAGGCUGUUCAUUGCUGGCGUGGUGGUGAACACUGUUGGGUCCAUCACCUACUGCGUGGUUAAAUAUUUUGAGAUGAAGAAGAAGAGCUUGUAUGAGGACCUGGAGGAAGGUGCGAAGGAUGGAGCGUUGCCAGGGGAGCCUUAUCGAGAGAAACCGCCACUGAACGGUGAUGGAUCUGACCCAGGAAACCCAGAGAUAGAGGGAGUGUUGAGCUCUGAUGGUCAGGAGGAGGCACUGGCUAACGGACAGCUGUGGACAGGAGAUGGUGGACAAGGACAUGGAGAAGCAGGCAUAAAUUCUCAUGUCAUGACAGAAAAAGAGGUGCUGGAGGUGCAAAGGGAGCACCUCCACAGGGAGAACACCCCAACCUCUCGCCAGUCACUCAGCGACAGCUACGUCGGGGUUUGGAGGUCCAUCAGACAUCUGCAGUUCAUGAAGAAAGAUCCUUUGAUUGAUAACAUGGAGCAGCAGAGUCCCUAAUGGCAGGACAGAGACUUGGACAGACUCUAGAAAAAACAGGAAUGAAUUGGAGGAUAAAAAAGUUUUGAGCGUGCUGAUGAGACCAGUGAAGAAGACAUGAGAUGGGCCGAGUGAAAACAGCAACCUGAAGCUCGGUGUCCACUGGGAACCUGUUUAUUCAGUGUUAACAGCAGUGCUGAACAAAUACUUGUUGGAUAAACUAGUCAUGUUUGCUGCUGUUGCUGUGAUAGUGAAGAAACAGGCUCCGUGUUUAGUUAAAGUAGGAAACAGAAGUAAUCUCUGUUCAUGAUGAGAAUGAAAAGUGGUUCCUGGUGGAGAAAAGUGGAGGAAGACCGGGAGAAGCUGCCCGUCACUGAUAAAUUCUGCCUCUUGUCUUUUUCAGCUUGGGGGACCAGGCUAGCCACAGUGCAGCAUGCUGCGGUUUGGUUUGCAUCCCUACUGUUUAGCCAGCUGGCCAGUCAAAAGCAGGUCUUGAAUAAAAACAAGUGCAUCCUGUGCAAACUGAAAUAUGACACAUCUGGUCAGGGAGCAGCAAAACAAACAGCAGACACUCUGCGGUUUCUGAUUUGUUUUAAUAAAACCCGGUGAAUUAUUGUUUCUGAUUGGUGGUAAGAUAUUAAAUUCAACCUUUAAUGGAUAUGUUAUUAGUAACAAAAGCAGAUGCACUGUCCACAAAAUGCCGAUUGCAUUGUUGCAUUGGUCUUCGGUGUCUUCUUGUCAUAAAUCAGUGAGGUGUUUUACCUCUCCUGUUUCCUUGUGGUGCCACUAAUAACAUUAUCAUGAGAUAAUCAUACAACAAAAUUCAUCACCUGGUCAAAUAAUUGGUGCUAAAACUUGGCAGGGCCAGCUGGGUGACUAGUAUAGCUGGUAAGAUACAUGCUAAUAUGCUAACUAGCCUCGAGCAUGCUACUGUGGUCAGUUAGAUUAUCUGUCCAUAAAUUCUGGCUGCAUAUGAUCUUCUACCCAAGUCUGAGGUGUUUCAAUCAGUCUCCAAAAAAGUUGGUUCUCUUGUGGGAUCAUCCGGUUUUAUGUCCUGAGGUUUAAAGUUCUCCUCCACAGCACAAGUUACAAGACUUCCCAGAAACUGAGUCAUCCACAGAUCUGACUGCGAACAGUUAUCACUAUUUUUACCUCCAGUACAAAACAGUUGCAACAGCUCCUGCCCACAGUGAGGUUUGUGUGGAGGCAUCUGACACAAAGCAGCGAGUGGCUGUCUCCUUGUUGUGUCUGAGUCCGUUAAUGCACCCCUUGUCAUGGAUUAUCCCUUUUUCUAUUCUUCCGCAAUUCAUUAUUUUUAGAAAGAGAUCUGCAUUUAGUGUGUCUGACUGUUCAGGAGAUCACAAAGCAAACAGUAAAAGAAAAACAGCGCGGACGGAAAUGCAGCGCCAGUCGACUGUCAGCUGGGUUUCCAGCUUUGGGUAGGCUUGGAGACACGUCUUCCAAGUGAGUUUAAACCCCAGAAACAUUUUCCAUAGACAAGAGUUGACGACCAGGUCUUUUAAAGGGAAAUUUAAUUUAAAAUCUUAACUUCUUUAUGUUAAUAUGUAGGUAAUAAAAUGGUAGCUUUACUUUCAAAAUGUGAUGCUGUGCAACUGAACCACAGGGCAUGAGCCGUAGUUAGAUAUUAGCUACUUUGAAAAAAACAGGCUUAUUAAUUUUGUUUCCAAGAGUUAGAUGAGAAGAUUGCUGCCAAUCUCAUGCAUGUGGGUUAAGUGUGUAUCUGAGCCAGCAGGCGAUUAGCCUAGUUAGCAUAGAGAGUGCAAACAGGGGGAGGCAGCAGAAGCACAUCUGCUACCACCGCCCAAAGGUCAUUGAACAUGUUGCACCAUGUCUGGGAGUUAUGUGCUGGAUUGCUUCUUGGUAAAAGUUGUCCGGCAGCCUCAUGGUGAUGACCCCAAAACGUUCCUGUGGCCGUCUGCUGUUCCUACACGCAGCUCAUUCUAAACAGAGACGAGAUGUUUGGUCUAGAGAGUCUCAGAAACCCGACUCUGUGCUGAGAGGCUGUUGUCUGCCCACCUCCAGGCAGCCUCUAAUAAAAUCAGUCAAACUCAGCCUCUUCGAGGCGCGUGUGUGGGCCGCAGACCAAACAUCUGAAAGAAUUAUUCACAUUAGCUAGCUGGAGUCAAGGCUCGACUACAUGUGGGCUGGAACGUCAUGGACAGACACUUUAAAUUAGGGCUCUGUGCUAAUGAUCACUAACAUGUGAUACCAAAGUUUACACAAUCUUACAUCCUCUUUGUCCUACCUGUCAGUUCACUGGAGUGUCAGUUGACUGGCUCUAAAAUGUGCUGUUACUUUCCUCUGCAGUCGGCUCGAAGAUGUGCACAUGUAGAGGGGCAGAACAUUUUACAAAGAAUCAUUUAAAAAGCUCUCUUCUCUAAGAAACCACGAACUCUCCACCAAAUUGCAUUGAAAAUUGGGAAGUUUAAAGAUUGUCUGCAACAGACAAACAGGCAAACAGACCUGACAGAACAGAUUACGCCCCAGGUGAAGGUGGCGGAAAACUGUUUCUAAUCUGGUUCCUGACUGUUGGUGGCAGAGUCGCUAUGAAAAACAUUCAUAGCCGUGGCCAGGCUGAGACUAGUUUCACUUUGUGGUGGCACAGAAAUGUUUAUUUUUGCAUGGAGCCAUCACUCAGUCGUUCAUUCGCUCAGGUAACAGCACUGUGACUAAUCAUCUAAUCAGUUUUAUUGCAGAUGUAUUGUGUCUAAAAAGUCUGCAGCAUUCCCCUUAACAGAAAUAAUAGCCAUAAAUAUUUCAGUUUGCUAUAAACUGUCACCCGGGAAUAUGAUCUGUGCAUCAACACGAAUACUUGUUAAAACUGGGAAAGGUUUCACACAAGAAAAAAAAACAUAAAAACAAAUUAGCUCUGCCACUGAUGCCUGGAGAGAAUGAGUGAAAUGUGAUGAUAGUCUGCAGUAACCAGGAGCAUUUACUCUGAGUGCUACCUGGGCUUCUGGGUGUUUAUUUGUAGUGGACACCUGAGAUAGUGGAAUCCUCAUGAAGUGUAACAGUGAAUCUAGCAGCUCAAACCAACUUCCUGUUGUAUGCAUGACGAACGCAUGAACCACACACUGUACAUGUGAAUGUUAAAAUGACAAGGUUUGUGAACAGAGGUAACUUUACCUUUUGAGUUUGAUGACUGGUUGAAAUGUAUCAGAUGCUGAUAUUUGAUGACCUGUUACACAGGACACUUGGUUUAUUCAGCUGCUUUGGUUUGAUGCAGCAUGUGAAUGAAUGUAACUAGUGAUAAAAGACGUGAGCGGCUCAGAAGAGACGAGGUCGGAGAGCCUGCUGUGUCUGACCUGCCUCCUGUGUCUACAGCAGCUUGGCUUCUCUAUUUAACUCCAGUCGGGGACCAUUUACCUCCUGUCUCCUCUUUCACAAACAAAAGGCUUCAGGCAUCUUGGGCUGAGUGGAGAGAAAAAGCUGUCAACCUCUGAUAUCGAUCGAUAUUGACUUUUCUUCUCACAGUCCCCAAACUUCAUUUAACGGUACCAGAGAUGUGACGGCCCUCAGGCUGUGGACCGUGAAGCCACCUGCUCUGGAUGGUGUUCUGAUGAUUACUGCUUUUUAAACGAUAUCUGUAGUUAUUAAAGCAUGAUAUGUGACUGGUUUGGUGUUUCAGAGGUGUUUCUGGGUGAUAGAAGUGGAGCCUCACUGAGAAGAAAACAUGAGUAAUUACAACUGAACGACUUGAAACAAGAUGCCAGAAAUGUUUAUUUGUUCCAGAUAUGAAAACC